GAAGAGCACACUGUGACUUCGUUUGAACUGCACCAUUAUAAAUCAAUUGGCCUACAGUUACUUCGCGUUUCCAUUAGAUACGAGUUUUCUGUAUAGUGGUGUAUAUAUCGAAUGGAAAGCACUUCACAGAUUUGGCUGAACUUCGGAUCUCCUGUUCUCAUCUGCUCAUCCACUGACGGUUGGUCCCUCUGUUCUCAGUGGAAAGCUAGCUGCGGACUCGCGCCUGGCUUAGGGACCGCGUGAGAAUUGGUGAAACGCUCGAGAGAGAGACUUGCACCCGGUCAGGCUGAGUGAACAGGGGAGUUGUCCCGGGUCUCCCGCGCGCAUGGAGGGAGACGUAAUGGACAAGCUGGAUAGCAUGGCUGCGGUGUGUGACUUCGAUCCCAUUGCGGGAAAAAUCCCGGCAACCAAAGUGGAGAUCACAGUGUCAUGCAGGGAUCUAUUAGACAGAGACACAUUCUCCAAAUCUGAUCCAUUGGUGGUGUUGUACACUCAGGGGGUGGAGACCAAACAGUGGCGAGAGUUUGGGAGGACGGAGGUGAUUGACAAUACUCUGGAUCCAGACUUUGUCAGGAAGUACAUCUUGGACUACUUCUUUGAAGAGAAGCAGAAUCUACGCUUUGACGUAUAUGACAUUGAUUCCAAAAGUCCAGAUCUGGCAAAGCAUGACUUCUUGGGGCAGGUGUUCUGUACCUUGGGAGAGAUUGUAGGAUCACCCGCCAGUCGACUGGAGAAACCUCUGGGUGGUAUCCUUGGGAAGAAAUGUGGCACCAUCAUCCUGUCAGCCGAGGAGUUGGGGAACUGCAGAGAAGUUGCCACCAUGCAGUUCUGUGCCCACAAGUUGGACAAGAAGGACUUCUUUGGGAAGUCAGACCCCUUUAUGGUGUUCUAUAGGAGUAAUGAAGAUGGGACGUGUACUAUUUGCCAUAAGACAGAGGUUGUGAAGAACACUUUGAACCCAGUUUGGCAGGCCAUCUCCAUCCCUGUCAGAGCACUCUGCAAUGGAGACUUCGAUAGGACAAUCAAGGCAGAGGUGUACGACUGGGACAGAGAUGGAAGCCAUGACUUCAUCGGUGAAUUCACCACCAGCUACCGAGACCUGUCCCGGGGCCAGAGCCAGUUCAAUGUGUACGAGGUGGUGAACGCCAAGAAGAAGUUCAAGAAGAAGAGAUACAUCAACUCUGGGACGGUGACUUUGCUGUCUUUCACGGUGGAGUCAGAACACACCUUCCUGGACUACAUCAAAGGAGGAACCCAGAUUCACUUCACGGUGGCCAUUGAUUUCACUGCAUCCAAUGGUAACCCAUCCCAGUCCACCUCCCUCCACUACAUGAACCCGUACCAGAUGAAUGCAUACGCCAUGGCCCUGAAGGCUGUAGGAGAGAUCAUUCAGGACUAUGACAGUGAUAAGAUGUUCCCUGCUCUGGGGUUCGGGGCCAAGCUGCCCCCUGAUGGACAAGUCUCCCAUGAGUUCCCCUUGAAUGGCAACAUAGAGAACCCCUACUGCAACGGAAUGGAGGGGAUUCUAGAAGCAUACCAUCAGAGUCUAAAGACUGUACAACUCUACGGACCAACCAACUUCGCUCCGGUCGUCAACCACGUGGCAAAGUACGCAGUGGCCGUACAAGACGGUUCUCAGUACUUUGUCCUGCUCAUCAUCACAGACGGAGUCAUAUCAGACAUGGCCCAGACCAAGGAGGCCAUUGUCAACGCUGCUAAGCUUCCCAUGUCUAUCAUCAUUGUUGGAGUCGGCCAAGCUGAGUUUGAUGCCAUGGUGGAGCUUGACGGUGAUGACAUCAGAAUCUCCUCCCGAGGGAAGCUGGCAGAGAGAGACAUUGUACAGUUUGUUCCGUUCAGAGACUACAUGGACCGGACAGGAAACCACGUGUUGAGUAUGGCCCGGCUAGCCAAGGACGUCCUGGCUGAGAUUCCUGAACAGCUCAUCCUCUACAUGAAGAGUAGAGGCAUCAAACCCUGCCUCCUGCCUUCACUCAAUGAGGAACCAGGCCCUGAAGACCAGGACCACGCCCAGACCACCCCUGUCUGAGCCCCAGACCUACCCCCAUCUGAGGCGCCUACCCUGGGGAAGGAGGUCGCGGUAGGAUGGGUGGUAGACUGGAUGGUGGACCCCCCUCAUGGAGGGAUGCAAAACGUAAAUGUGAAAAUGCUUUCAAGGCACUUUUUUUUUUCUCAUGCUGAAUAAAUUGACAAGACUCCAUUUUGUUUGGAGUCGAGACUGUUUUGAGGGAAAAAGCUAAAGAUCAGGGAGUUUUCCUUUUGAGUUUCAUCUCCUGACGGGAGGGCAACGAGGGGGAUGAGAAUUGGAGAGUCACAGAAGGAGGAGUAGAGAGGAGAAAAACAGAGCACUGAUGUAAACUAAUGUUAGACGUUGGCAGUCAGAGCUGUCAAAGUGGCGACGUAACAGGUAGCAUGUUUUAGACGGAGAGGGUGUUUUUGAGGACAUUAAUUAUUAGAGCGUGCCAGUUUGCAUCACGUUUGUGUAUAUGAUACAUUUUAGAGUGGUGGUGUAUGUUGGACUAAGGAAUCACCUGUAUAAUGUCGUAUCUAUUGUAAGAAACUACAGCAUCUAUUCAUGUUGGGGAUAAUAUUUUUUCUUCAUAUUUUCCCAUCAUGCUUUUUGGGGGGAGGAGGGGGAUCAAUGCUAUAAAUUAUUCUUAAUUUAUACUUUGAAGAGUACUGUAAUAUAAAGCAUGUGCUAGAUAGAAACUUUCCAACUGUUUAGGAAUAGUUGUAAAAGAUCAAGAUGAAUGCUUUUACAUUUUGGAUUGUGACAGUUACACAGAUGAUCAGAUGUUUGUAUGAUCGUUUAACUUCAGGCACCCUGUACAAGACAUUCUUACCCUAUAUAUUUACAAUAGGUAUCAUCAAAAUGCACUAACAGUCCAAAUAAAAAGCACAAAGGUCAUAUACAAUA